GCUCCGCCCCGGAUGAGCAGAGGACGGCAUGGCGGCGCCCCGGGUCCUACGGGCAGCAGCCACUGUCGGGGGCCACAGCUUUGCAGCUCUGGCGAGGCCGUCUACCAGCAUCCUGUGGCUUCAUAGAACACUUUCCAUCCCAGCUGCUACACCCCAGGAGGACUCCCAUGCAGGCAUCAGCAAAAGGAUACUUGAAGAGCCCCUGAAACAUGUGGAUUUCUUCAACGUGCGAGAACUCUUCUCUCUGCGGGAUCUCUUUGAUGCCCGAGUCCAUCUCGGGCACAAGAAAGGCUGUCGGCACAGGUUUAUGGAGCCGUACAUCUUCGGCUGCCGCCUUGACCAAGACAUCAUUGACCUCAACCAGACCGUGACCCACCUCCAAGCAGCGCUCAACUUCAUCGCUCACAUCGCCUACCGCAAAGGCAUCAUCCUCUUCAUCAGCCGCAACCGCCAGUUCUCCUAUCAGGUGGAAACCACCGCCAGGGAGUGUGGCGAGUAUGCCCACACGCGCUACUGGCAGGGGGGCUUGCUGACCAAUGCCUUCAUCCAGUAUGGGUUGGGGGUCCGACUGCCGGACCUCAUUAUCUUCACUCACACCCUCAACACGAUCUUCGAGUCCCACACAGCCAUCCGGGACGCAGCCAAGAUGAACAUCCCGACCGUGGGCGUGGUGGACACCAACUGCAACCCGUCCCUCGUCACCUACCCGAUCCCGGGGAACGACGACAGCCCGCCAGCCAUGGCGCUGUACCUCCGGCUCUUCAGGAUGACCAUCUUGCGAGCCAAAGACAAGAGGAGGCAAAUGGAGGUGCUGCAUGGACUGGGCGGCACAGCGGGUUAAACGGCCCCGCUUGAAAUCCCGCCCCGUGUCCUUCAGAGGCUCCGCAGCACAAGCUCACAUGGGUCCGUGUUGCGCGUCAUGCAAGUCAAAUUUGCUGAUCAGUACGUGAGAUGAGCCCUUCCCCAAACCAGUGCCCCCUGCACUUGUUGGACUACAAUCCCAGCAUUCUCUCAGUAACCGAGUCACUUGGAGGGCACCAGCCAAGGGCAAAGCUGCUGUAUUCCAUGAAAACCUUGACUCUACGUUCUGAUGCCUCUGGAAAGGCUAGAGCUUAGCCAGGGGUAUGACAAGGGCACAGGCCAGGUCCUCAGGCCCCUCAUGGGUGCACCAAUGGAAGUCUCAUUUUUUCUCAUUCUAAUUGCCAUGUAGGGGGCAGUUUUCAAGGGGAAAUGCAACUGGUGAAGGAAGUGUCUACAUCUCCCCUCCCCAAAGGUUGCAACACCCCCACAGAGCAAUGGAGUUUCCAUUGAUACCAAUGAAGAGAUUGGGAACAAAAAGAAUUGUCAGUUCCUGUAAUGCCCCUAGAUUUAUCCCAAGCGAGGAAGGCCCAGAAAAAUUGUGUCAGGACUUGUGCAUGCAAACUGGACCUCACGCUGGAGUACAAGGUUUCCAUCCUCUUUAUGACUGCAUGUCCCUUUUGCUCUGCUGGUCUUGACCUGUGUGGUGAUGGUUGAAUUCUGGAGGAGAUGCCGCCGGGCCAGGACACCUGUCAGCCCAGGCAGCAGAGCUGAUGGGUCAGGGAUUGCUGGAGUUGUAGCUAAAACACCCAGAAGGUGAAUGCAUGCGUCAAAGCUGUACGUUCCUGGCACAUCCUCUCUUGAUCAGUGCGGAGCUGGCACAAACCUUGAAAAAGUGAAUUACAGAAUGUGUUGUCUGGAGCAGCCUUUUGCCCGCAUUCGUGAUACACUCUAGAUAGCCCACACCUGGCUGGGAGACACAAGGUGUUGUAGUCAACACACAGUAAAGGGUUAUGCCAACUGACUUCUGCAAAUUUGUGACAGUUCUGUUACCUGUCCCCAAGCUUUGUAGGGGACAUGAAAACCAGUUCUGUUACCUGGUUUUUGCUUUCUGAAGGGCCAAUAAAAAGCAAUUGGUUUACA